AUGCAUUUAUUUUCAUCAUUAACUCAGGGCUGGGUGUUAACUAUUAUAUCAUCAUUAAUUUGUGUACUAGGUACUUUUAUAGUGACUUUUGAUAACUUAUACGAUCUUAUAUUUCCAAAAUCAAUAACUACAAAAUAUAAAUUUAAAUUGAAGGAAAACUAUCAAUUUUUGAAUGGAUCGUUGGCAUUUUCAUCAGGUUGUUUAAUAUUUACAAGUUUAUAUAGAUUAUUACCUGAAUCAAUGAAAUAUUUAAAAUAUAUGGAGUCAGAAAUGGGUAAGAAAUUUUUACAAUAUUAUUUAAUGAUUAGUUAUAUUGGAGGUAUUAUAUUGUGCAUGUUAUUAAAUAUAUUACUUCAUUAUAUGACAGCUGAAUCAGUAGUACAUUGUAAUCAUAGUGGAGGAGAGCAUAAUCACAAUCACAAUCACAAUCACAAUCUCAAUUUUGACCAUGAUGAUGAAGAGAGUCAUAAUCAUGAAGAACAUGAAAAUGUUACUUCAAAUAUAAAGAAUAUCAACGUUGUAAAUUCAAAUAGAUCUACCAAUUUAGAAGUACAGAUACCAGAGAAUGAUCAAGAUGAAAAUAGUCCACUCGUUACUAAACAAGUCAAACCAAAGAAAUCAAUAUUACAAUUUUUAUUAAAUCAUAAUCAAGAAAAUAAUGAUGAUAAUGGUGAAUGUAAAGGAUAUACCAGUGCUGAAUUAUGUCUAUAUCAUCAUAAUAAUAAUGAUAAUGCAAAUGAAUUACAUUUUUGUGAAAUACCGACGUUGACUGAAGAGCAAAAUAAUGAAACUGAAGAACGUCAUCAUCAUCAUCAUCAUCAAGAUACUUUAAAAAGUGUAAAUUCUAUAAAUUCUCAUCAUCAUGUUCAUCAUGAUGAUGAACAAGCAUCACAUCAUCAUCAUCAUGUAAAUUCACCGCUAUCUAGAUUAUUAUUGAUCGGAAUACAAACUACACUUGCAAUAACUUUACAUAAAUUACCUGAAGGUUUUAUUACAUACAUUACAAGUGAAACUAAUCCAAAUUUAGGAAUAUCCAUUUUCAUCAGUCUAAUAUUGCAUAAUUUUACAGAAGGGUUUUCAAUGUGUCUUCCAUUGUAUUAUUCAAUGUCGAAGACUAUUAAAUAUGCCAAAUUUAAAGCAAUUUUGAUUAGUUCUUUACUUGGUGGUCUUUCACAACCAUUAGGUGCCAUACUAGGUUAUUUUUUCCUUAAAUAUAAUAAUAACAAACAAUACUAUGAUUUAAAUAAAUUAAAUUUCAUAUUUGGAUUAACCUUAAGUAUUACAAGUGGGUUUUUAACUGUUGUUAGUUUAUCAAUGUAUGGAAAUGCAGUUUCAUUUGGUGGUAAUACCAGUUUUGUUAUGAUAUGGUGUUUAAUUGGAAUUUGUUUGAUUGGAUUAUCAUCAAUAUUUAGUUCAUAA